AAGUAAACCACGCCUUAGCUGUGUUGUAGUAAAGAACAUAACCUUGUACGUACGUGCCCCCCAAAUUGGAAGAGGAUGAGUUUCAAGGAUGGGAAGGAGAAGAACCUGGUAGAGGUAGGGCCAUGGGGAGGGCUAGGAGGGAGCCCCUGGGAUGAUGGUGUUUACACCACUGUGAGACAGGUGGUGGUCGUGCACGGCGCCGCAAUCGAUUCGAUUCAGAUCGAGUACGACCGCAACGGCAGCUCGGUUUGGUCGGGGAAGCACGGCGGCAACGGCGGCUCCAGAAUCGACAAGGUGAUGCUCGAAUACCCGUACGAGUUUGUCACUUCAGUAAGCGGUUACUACGGGCCACUGUCGAGCGGCAGCCCCGUCGUCAUACGAUCUCUGACAAUCGCGAGCAAUCUCACAAAGUACGGGCCGUUCGGCUCUGAACUCGGAACGCAUUUCUCCCUCCCGGUGAGCGGCGGAAAGGUAGUCGGUUUCCACGGCCGGUCAGGGUGGUAUCUCGACAGCAUAGGAGUCUACCUCAAGAAACUGUGGAGCCCGAAUCAAUCCAUGGAUUUGGCGCCGUCUCAGAGUAUGAGACUCAGUGAUUGUAGUAGCUUUAGUUCCGUCGAGAGAGCUACUAAAGGAGGAUAUGACAUAGUUCUUGCGGUAAGAGAAAAGGGGGACACCUUCAAGAUUCUCACGGGCAGCUAUCCGAGCGAAGCGCUGCCUUCGCAGCGAUUCAAAGAAAUGAAUCUCCAGAGCAGGGCGACAUCGUUUCCGAGUUAUGCUGUAGAGGAAGGUUCAUCAUCUACGGGAGGGCCCGUCGCAUACGGACCGUGGGGGGGAAGGGGCGGUGUCAUGUUCGAUGACGGCGUAUACACAGGUGUUAGGCAAGUUAACUUAACGCGCAAUGUGGGAAUAACUUCGAUGAAGGUUCUGUAUGAUAGAAAUGGGCAGGCUGUUUGGGGAAAUAAGCACGGCACGAGCGGAGGAAUCAGUCCUGACAAGAUAGUAUUCGAUUUUCCGAUGGAGAUAUUGACAUACAUAACUGGCUAUUUCGGAACCAUGAUGUAUAUGGGACCUGCGGUGAUCAAAUCGCUCACAUUUCACACGACGAAGAGGGUUUACGGUCCGUACGGGGAUGAGCAGGGCACAUUUUUCUCUUCUUGCUUGACCGAAGGAAAGAUUGUAGGGUUCCACGGUCGGAAAGGAUGGUUUAUAGAUAGCAUUGGAGUUCAUGUUCUCGAAGGAAAGGUUUCGUAUCAGCAAGAUCAUGCUAGUGAUCCAAAUGGUGUAAGCGAUAUGGCGGUUAGGGGGGUGAACAGCUCCUUUCGAUCGAAUAAACUUGUCCCGACACUGAGGAACAAUGGAGAAGAGGUUACUUAUGGCGUGGUGAAAGAACCGGUUCCGGUCGGACCGGGACCGUGGGGUGGAGACGGAGGUAAGCCGUGGGACGACGGAGUGUAUUCAGGGAUCAAACAAGUUUAUAUCUUACGAGGUGAGUUCAUAAACUCGAUACAGAUCGAAUACGACAGGAGUGGCCAAUCGGUUUGGUCUACGCGACACGGAGGUAGUGGAGAAACCUAUCAUAGAAUUAAGUUCGAGUACCCGCACGAAAUCCUGAACUGCAUAAGUGGCUACUACAACAAUCAAGAUGACGGCCCGAAGGUGUUAAAAUCGCUUACGUUCUUCAGCAACAGAGGCAAGUACGGACCGUUCGGAGAAGAGACAGGCAUUUAUUUUACGUCCGCUACUACAGAAGGCAAAGUGGUAGGAUUCCAUGGCAGAAGUGGAUCAUACUUGGAUGCGAUCGGAGUUCACAUGCAGCACUGGUUAGGCGAGAAGAAAACCACCACAAAAUCGAUCUUUUCUAAGUAUUUCUUUUGAGUUAAGUCCAUGAAUCUGGACUAAGAUUGAUUCAUAUAUGAGCUCAAUACGCGGUUUACGUAUGUUUACGACUUCGUAUAUGAUGUAUUGCUAUGAAGAUCUAGAGAACAGCACUACUAGUUUGAAAAUGGCAUCUUGUGAAGAUCUUUAGAUUGAUGAAUAAGUGCAUGACUUUGUUAAGAGUUCAAAUGUAACAACAAUCAAUGUGAUUUCUAUAUAUGCAUGAAUACUAGAGUUUUCAUUUUGUGAC